AUGACUUCUAUAUUUACUGGUGUUCCUACGGAUACAGGUACUGGGGGUAAUUCCCUUAACACAGAUUUGAACAAGCCAUUCGACAAGGCCGACAUGGCUUGGAUUAUGGUUGCCGGUUCUUUCGUGUGGCUCAUGGUGCCAGGUAUCGGUUUAUUGUACUCUGGUCUUUCCAGAAAAAAGCACGCUCUAUCGUUGCUAUGGGCGUCCAUAAUGACGGUGGCAGUGGUGACGUUCCAGUGGUAUUGGUGGGGUUAUUCUCUAGUGUUUUCGCACACAACUAGAGGACAUGGUUUCCUUGGAACUUUGCAGUUCUUUGGUUUUAAGAAUGUUCUCGGUGCGCCAUCUGCAGCCACUACUGUGCCAGAUAUCUUAUUCGCAUGGUUCCAAGGUAUGUUCGCUAUGACCACUGGUAUCUUGAUGGUUGGUGGUGCUUGCGAAAGAGCUAGACUUUUCCCAAUGAUGGUGUUUUUGUUCUUGUUCAUUACCAUUGUGUACUGUCCAAUUGCAUGCUGGACCUGGAACCCAUCCGGAUGGUUAGCUAAGUUGGGUGCUUUGGAUUACGCCGGUGGUGGUCCAGUCCACAUUUGCUCCGGUCACGGUGCCUUGAUUUACGCUUUGAUCCUAGGUAAGAGAAACGACCCAUUGACCAAGAACGGUAUGCCAAAAUACAAGCCACACUCUGUUACGUCUGUUGUGUUGGGUACUGUGCUAACCUGGGCAGGUUGGAUCGGUGGUUUCAACCCAGGUUCCGCUGGUAACGCUACCAUCAGAGCUUGGUACUCUGCUUUCUCAACAAACUUGGCUGCCUCUUGUGGUGCUUUAACCUGGAUGUUCAUUGACUACUUCAGAUGUGGCCACAAAUGGACCACUGUUGGUUUGUGUUCUGGUGCCAUUGCCGGUUUAGUUGGUAUCACACCAGCAGCCGGUUUCGUACCACUGUGGGCUUCCGUUAUCAUUGGUAUCGUUACUGCUGCAGGCUGUAACCUAGCUGUGGAUAUUAAGCAUCUAUUGCGCAUUGAUGAUGGUUUAGACGUCUACUCCUUGCACGGUGUUGGUGGCUGUAUCGGAUCCGUGAUGACUGGUAUCUUCGCUGCUGACUACAUCAACGCAUUGGCCGGUGUUGAAGGUGCACCAAUCAGCGGUGGUUGGAUCAACCACCACUGGAAGCAAGUUGGUUACCAAUUGGCUGCUCUUUGCUCCACCGUUGCUUGGACCUGUGUCGUUACAGCUUGUCUACUAUUGAUUAUGGACAGAAUUCCAUUCCUAAGACUAAGAUUGAGACCAGAAGAAGAAGAAUUAGGUACUGAUGAAGCUCAAAUUGGUGAAUUCACAUAUGAGGAAGAAGCCUCUUACAUUCCAGAACCAAUUAGAUCUAAGUCUAUCGCUGAAGCUCCUCUUCCAAACAUUGACGAUCAAAUUAAGACAGACAACACUUCAUCUUCGGAGGUAAAUUCGGAACCAAAAGAAACUAAUACUGCUUAG